AUGAAUCACAGAAAGAUCGCAGCAAGGAAUUUAGUCAACAAUCCGCGGAUAGACCUUCACAGCUCCACAAGACCUGUCAAGCAGCACCAACGGCCCGUUAUCAACAACGUGGGACCUCAUGAUCGCACCAAGGACACUGCCGGGGUAGAGCAAGCUGACAGGCUACUGGCGGCCAUCCUUGUAUUCUACAAGGACGCCAUCAUCAACUCUAUCGCCCCAUUAUAUCUACCAUCAUUACUGAAGGAUCUCGCAGCCUACAUAAAAUCUGUUCCUCCCCAGACCACCCAAUUGAUAUCCAAAGGGAGCACCGAUCUGGAGAACGAUUCGGCCAAUGUUGUGUUAGCAGCAAUUGACUCAGAAAUGCUGAUACCGCUCACUGACCGACUCUUUCACGCCAUUGUCAACCUCUCAAGGCCAUGUAGCUCCUUCAAAGAAUCCAUCGAGCUUAACGCGGGUGCUAUAUUCAAUGUUGUUAUUGCGUCUAUCAUGGAGGGAUCGGAGACCCACGACUGCGAACGGCUAUUGACACUCUGCAUAUAUCUCAAGGACACCGAAAACUGCUAUCCGCUGCGUAGUCUCGCAAGCACUGUCUGCUUGGAUGUUAUCUCCGUAUCAUCGCUGCCACUCUAUGCACGAACAUCCAUUUUGCGAUUCAUCUUGGGACCUGCUAACUUUAUUCUGCACCAUCUGGAGACGCGGAUCGUCCUCUCGCAACGAAUACAGGACUUGCUCCAGGAGGACUUGUACGAUGACAUAGAGUUCAGAUCUGCGGUUAAACGGAUUGCGAGAAAGAUCGGUCUACGCAAGCCUAGUUCUAUCUACGAGCAACAAAAGUGCAGGCUGUACCGGUAUCUGGAUCUUGUUGUUCUGGAUCCCACAGGAUAUUGUCAAAAGGAUAUCAUCGCUGAGCACAUGGCCGCUGCUCAGUGGAGAAACACUCUUGAUCGGGAUUUGAUCGUUAAUCUUUAUUUGACCGAAUACAGGCACCAAAUGCUACCGUUCCUGGAGGUCAUACGUGCGAUGGGCAUUACUUUCACCAUGUUUGAGCCCAACCCUAUCUACAGUGGAGUUAUGGGAGAACAGGGUGUCCUUGACGAGGUAAUGGUCCACCUCUGUCUGGCUCAACGUCAGGUUUACUCGGCCUUAGGCCAUCGGGACACUUUAUCAAAGCAGACGCAGGAUAAGCGUACUAUCUCCCACGCUUUUGAUCUAGCUUUGGAUGCAGCCUUGUUAUCACAGGAUUCGUCGUCUUGGAUUCAGUCAUAUUUGGAAGAGGCUAGUGAGAAAAUUUGCUGCUCAUUUCGAAGCUCCGGGAAAGUUUCGUCCGAGAGCCAUUCAAGUUACCUGCUGGACUUUGUGAAGCUACUGUUGAAAAGCGUUGUUGUUGCACCUUUACAGCUCGUACCCAGGAUAAUGUGCAUGACAGCCACCCGUAAAGUGAUAGCAGUGUGUCUGGACAUAUUCCUGGCGUGUAUCGUACACAGAAACGAACCACGAUCCAAUGUCUCAGCCAGUGCAGAGGACCAGAGCCGGUGUUUUAAGGACGACCUAGAGAUGGCCUUAUCCAUAUUUCUGCUGCUCUUCCCAGCUCAAGAUUCAUCGACCUGGUUCUGUACAUCGUUCUCGAGUGCUUCCCGAAUGUCUGGCCUUUCAGCUGGACCAAGCGUCUGUGCCGACUUUUUGCUAGAGUUGUUCGAGCAGUUGGUCCCUCUCCUGGAACGCCAAGCUCAACUGGAACCAUCCUCACCAACACUGAUGCUGGCCGGUCUCUUGUUUGAACUCCUUUCAUUUCAAAUACCAUCUAUUAUUCUCAUUCGAGACAGAUUGCGGAUACAGGAUGUGAUGAGCAAUAUUGCCGAUCUUCAAAGGGACUCCAGUUUGUCAGCAUCGCCUCUGUGGCAAAAGAUGUAUGACCCGACGCAUUGCCCACACCCGUUUCCAGGAUUGCAGUCCAGGUUACAAGCACUUGGAGUAAAUCCGUCAUAA